GGAACAACGUGGUUUGUGCAGCGAGCUUAGGAAACGUCUAGAAGUUGCUGGAGUUAGGAGGGCACAGCCUUUAACAUAGCAGGUGGCGUGCUCUGUUUUCGUUAAGGUGCUCGAAACUGCGGUGUAGGCACAAUGUCUGUAAUCGCCGAAGAAGAAGUGCGGGGUGGAAGAGUCGUUUUUAAGGAGAUAAGCGCGGAGGACGAGGACCAACAGCCCACGGAGAUCGAGAGCCUGUGUAUGAACUGUUAUCAGAAUGGGACCACCCGCCUUCUGCUGACGAAGAUUCCGUUCUUUAAAGAAGUCAUCCUCAGCUCCUUCACUUGUCCCAACUGCAACUGGUCCAACACUGAAAUCCAGUCAGCCGGGCGCAUCCAGGAGGAGGGGGUGUCAUACACUCUCCUCGUCCGAUCGAAACAGGAUAUGAACCGUGAAGUGGUUAAAGCCGACUGUGCCACAACACGGAUCCCAGAGCUCGAUUUCGAGAUUCCAGCAUUCACACAGAAGGGAGCCCUGUCCACCAUCGAGGGUCUCAUUGACAGGGCAGUGGCAGGACUGGAGCAAGACCAACCCACAAGAAAGACAACAGCGCCAGAGGUCGCCUCAAAAAUAGAUGAAUUCAUCGAGAAGCUGAAGAAGUUGAAAGAUGUGGAAAGUCCUUUUACCCUGAUAAUUGAUGACCCUUCAGGGAACAGUUUUGUGGAGAACCCGUUUGUGCCACAAAAAGAUGAAGCACUCACCGUCACCCGUUAUAAGAGGACAGCCCAACAGGAUAUACAGUUGGGGUUAAAGGCAGACGACGACGAUGAAGAGGAGAAACCUGGAAAUGACAUUGAAACCUUGCGAAACGAGGUUUUGAAGUUUGAUACCAACUGCCCAGAGUGCAACGCUCCAGCCUCCACUAAUAUGAAGUUAGUGCAAAUUCCACAUUUCAAGGAAGUGAUUAUUAUGGCGACCAACUGUGACAGCUGUGGACAUCGGACCAAUGAAGUGAAAUCAGGUGGAGCAACAGAAGAACUGGGAACUAGAAUAACACUACACCUCACAGACCCCUCCGACAUGUCCCGAGACCUGCUCAAGUCGGAGACGUGCGGCGUCCACAUUCCCGAGCUGGAGUUUGAGCUGGGUAUGGCCGCGGUGGGGGGCAAGUUCACCACUGUGGAGGGGCUUCUCAAAGACGUCAAAGACUUGAUUGUCGAUAAAAACCCCUUCACAUGUGGAGACAGCUCCACUCCAGAAAGAACCAAGAAACUGGAGCUUUUUGGCAAAAAGAUCGACCAGAUCAUUGCUGGAGAGAUGGAGGCCCAUAUCAUUCUUGAUGACCCUGCAGGGAACAGCUAUCUACAGAAUGUGUACGCGCCCGAGCCAGACCCCGAGAUGAAGAUAGAGAAGUACGAGCGAACCUUCGAGCAAAACGAGGAGCUGGGCCUGAACGACAUGAAGACUGAAGGCUACCAUGAUCAGAGUGCCGACCGGUAGCAUGACGAGGGCAGACAGAGACCACCCACAUGGAGAAGACCAGGGAGGUUAAGGAGAGAGAGCUGUGCUGGUAGAUAUUUAAAUGGGAUUUAUUGUAUAGUUGGGAAAUAUUGUUCCUAAGAGUGAGAUCAAAGAAUUUAAAUUUUCAACAUGGAUGGACAAAGGCCAAGCACUCACAAUUUUUGCUGCCUGAACUCUUCAGCACUUUACAACAGUUAUUAUUGGGAAGACCUUUGUGUUCCUGUGUUUGCUGGGUAUAAAGGCUUUUAAAGAGCUCUCCCAGGCUUAUUUAUAGGAGAUACAUUUUAUGUUUUUGUACCAUGUUUGACUUAUGUUUCCAAAACAUCUUCUUGCUUUCACACAUUUAUUAUCAGUAUAAGAAAAUUAAGAGAAUGUGAAGUUUGAAACUGUGCUGUAUAUAGCCAGAAUUAAGUAAAAUCCUUCAUUUGGAAAUUGAAUCUUUUAUGAUUAUAUUUAAAAUUUUGAAAACAAUCAAGAAGUUUGUUUUUUUUCCCCCUGUAGGAAACACCCAACCGGCUCCAAUAUUUUCCCCUUACGAUAGUUAUUUAAAAAAGCCAAAUUAGUUUUUGAGAUUGUUAUACAUGUUUAAUCUGCUACAUUUUAUGAAAUGUGUUCUGAAAGUAUUUUUAAGUUGUUUGCAUUGCACAGUAGGUGAGAAACUACAGAAUCGGUCCAAGAUAAUUUGUUUGAAAGUAGAAAGCUUUGGCUUUCACAUCCACAUUUAUAGUUUGAUGGGUUUGUUUGGGUAAAUCCUUAAUAAAGAUACUAGAGGAAUUAUUGAA